AUGGAAAGAAACAAUAACAAAGUGCGUGUGUUUUUCAAAAAAUUAUCACGAUUAUUUUGGGGCCCAGUUAUAAGGUUCAGAAAAUUUACAAGAAAGUGGAACAUGAACCUAAUAAAGAUUAUUAUAGCUGUCAGUGUAACGUUUGUUUUUAUAGCAUUUGUGGGUAGUUUAUUUAGAUUAAGAAGGAAUGUAAGGAAGCCGAUUAGUACGAUGUCACCAAGGGAGGCAUAUUGGCUUGGAACUCCUAUCAGUCACGUGGCUUUGGACGAGGUAUAUAAGGAAAUAAAUUCAAAUACUAAUCAUAAUAAUACACACAAUGAUUAUGUUAUAGAUGAUGAACAACAAGCACCAGUGGGAAUGGUUGAAACUUUCGGCUGCAAUAUACCAGUAGCCGUGAUCGAUUAUGAAAAGUAUAUUGUAAAUAGUACUAAAACCAAGAACGAUAUGUGUGGAGUUCGGGCCGUAUUUAUACGAAAACAUGACGACGAUAAAGUUAUAGCCCGAAUAAAAAUGCAAAUAAUGUCGAAAUAUGCCAUGAAUGGCGGCAAUAUUCAAUGCUGUUAUAGGUUUAUUGUAGACGCCAUACAUUAUCCACGUGAUCGUCCGAGAUUAAUGUUCAGUAACUGCACAUAUUUUCAAGAUACGACCAUAAUAACAUUACAGUCUGAUUUUAUCAAUGUGAUAUGUUCAGAAAUUAGUAUUAAUGGGACAAAACAAAUUAUCUAUGAUGACAUGUAUGCCUUUACCAAGAAAAUUAACUUUACAAAGGCAAAUCAAACUAAAUGCAACGAUCAAUACAACGUUCUUAUUCUGGGGAUGGAUUCGAUGUCACUACCUCGCAUCGUAAAGACGAUGCCUAGAACUGCUGCUUACUUGAAUGAUGACCACUGGCUGGGUUUUAGAGGAUACCAUAAGGUUGCAGAUAACUCGCUACCCAACAUAAUGGCUGCAUUAACUGGAAAAAAUAUGUCUUCAAUAAUACAAAAGUGUCACGGAUCCAUGGACGCCUGUAACCGGUACCUAAUUUGGAAGGCAUUUAAGAAUGAUGGUUACGUUACAGCUUACGGAGAAGACAAUUUAAAAAUCGCAAACACUUUCAUUAAAGACUAUGCAUUUCGAAGAGCACCUACCGAUCAUUACAUGCGCCCAUUUUUUCUUAAAGGAGAGAACAAUCGCAGAAACAAAACAUCUGUAUGUACAGGAAAAAUAUCUUCAGGGCAACAACUACUAGACUACGCUCUCGAUUUCGCCAACACUUACAAGAAGGAUUCUUUCUUCGGCUUUUUUUGGAUAAAUUCGUUUAGCUACGACGAAAAAAGUCGGCCAGAGGAGGCGGACAAGCUUAUAGAAAACUUCUUGAACCAGUUAUCAUACACAGGCAUUAUGGCAAACACUUUUAUAAUAUUUCUGAGCGAUCACGGUCUGCGUUUUGGAAAUCAUCGCCUUAAAAUGGAAGGUUUCUACGAUGAUCGUAUGCCAAUGCAUUUUAUGUGGGUUCCUUUUAUUUUUAAAGGCAAAAACUCUUAUGAAUUUCGUGCCCUGGCAAUAAACCAGCACCGAUUGUUUACACCAUAUGAUAUGUAUAGCACGCUCUUAGAUAUAAAGAGAAUAUCUUUAUGCAGUAAUUCUAGUGACCCAGCACCGGAAGGGUGUCGGAACUGCCACUCUUUAUUCUCAGAAAUUAGUAGCAACCGCACCUGCGAAGAUGCGGACAUUCAUAAAAAGUGGUGCACUUGCCACAAACUAUACCCCCUCGCCACAAACGAUCCGAUAGGCAUUAAGAGCGUAAACGUAGUGGUGGAUUACAUUAAAAGGAUGACAGUCACAAUAGCCACGCAAAGAUGCUGGAGUUGCAAAGUCCCUUCUUUAAAACAUAUUCACAGAAUACAUUUCUAUUAUAAUUUUAAUGCAGAUAAUUCUGAAAUAUAUUAUGUGAUUGCAAUUACUCUUACACCAGGUAACGCCACCUAUGAAGCGACUGUAAUGAAGAAGAAUGAUUAUAGUAUAGUUGGGCCACUUAGUUUUAUUUCUUACUACAAAGGAUUAGGGCAGUGCGCAUUAAAUCGUCAAGACCGUCUUUUUUGUGUAUGUCAAAAAACUGAAAAUUGUUAA